AUGUCAGGAAUUUACGACAAUCAAGCCGAUAUCUACUUAGACGCACGUCCUACUUAUCCCGCCGAUUGGUACUCAAAACUCGCCGCACUCUCUCACCAUCACCGUCUCGCUUGGGACGCCGGCACCGGGAACGGUCAAGCCGCAAUCGGAAUCGCGGAGCAUUACGAUAGAGUCGUCGCGACGGACGUGAGCGAGACGAUGUUAAAGCUAGGGAAACCGCAUCCGAAAGUAACGUACCACCAUACUCCGUCGUCGAUGACGGAAGAUGAGAUCGUGGAUCUGAUCGGAGGAGGAGAGAAUUCAGUUGAUCUGAUAACGGUUGCUACCGCCGUACACUGGUUCGAUCUACCGAGAUUCUACGCGAUUGCGAAUCGUCUCCUCCGUAAACCAGGAGGAAUCAUCGCCGUGUGGAGUUACAACACCGACAUGGUGGUGAGUCCUGAGUUCGACUCGGUGAUGACUCGGUUCAACGAUAAAACGAUGCCGUUUUGUAAGUUUCCUGAGUCUCAGUAUUUUUUGGACGGAUAUAAAACGUUGCCGUUUCCGUUCGAGAGUGUGGGCUUGGGCUCAGAGGGAAAGCCCGUUGAGCUGGAGAUGAAGAAAACGGUGUCGUUUGAAGGAUUCUUGAGGAUGUUGAGGUCUUGGUCUGCGGUUGGAGCUGCUAAGGAGAAAGGAGUUGAUUUAUUGUCGGAAAAUGUAGUGAAAGAGCUUGAGACGGCUUGGGGUGGAUCUGAGCUGGUUCGAACCAUCGUCUAUAAGACGUUUAUGCUCGCAGGAACCGUUAGAAACUAA